AUGUCUCAGCCUCGUCCAAUCUUACCAGAAUUCGAUAUCAUUUUUGCUGGAGGUGGUGCUACAGCUUGUGUUGCUGCAGGCCGACUAGCUGCGUAUGAUUCCUCUCUCAAGAUUUUGAUUUUGGAAGCGGGUGGACACACCCUCGAUCAAGCUGCUCAUGUCCAACCCUACCAAUAUUUCUCCCAUCUGGCGCCGACAAGUACCACGGUGACAGUCAAUGUUGGAAAUCCUAGUUCGCAUCUCAAUGGCCGUGCACCAAUCGUUCACUGCGGUCGUUGUGUUGGUGGAGGUUCAAGUGUCAAUUUCAUGGCAUACACUCGUGCGGCUGCUUCAGAUUUCGAUGACUGGGAGGCUGAUGGUUGGGAAUCUGAGAAUCUAAUUCCUCUCAUGAAAAAGCUGGAAACAUAUGAGGUGCAGCCUAAUGGUCCAACCCACGGGGACAAUGGACCUAUCAGGGUAUCCUAUGGCGGUCGCGAAUCAGGUCUCUGGGAAGAGUUCAUCCAUGUUGGUACAACCUACCACAAGCGGCCAUUUGCCGACGACACGGAUGAUCUAGAAACAUGCAACGUAUACAGUCCAUGGGCAAAGUAUAUUAAUGGAACGACUGGAAGGCGUUCUGAUGCGGCUCACCACUAUGUCUACAACCAAGCCCACAACCAGAAUUUACAACUUUGGGUCAGCAAACUCGUGAAGCGCAUUAUCUUUGAGGGCAUGCGUGCAGUAGGUGUUGAGUUCACCUGCGAUCCAGUAUCCUGCCCAGGUGCAGAUCAAUCAUCGAGCAUCGUGAGAGCAGCAAAGCUUGUUGUUGUCUCUGCUGGAGCAUUUGGUUCACCAACCAUUCUCGAGAGGUCCGGGAUCGGUGCCGAGGCGAUCCUCAAGCGUUGUGGUAUCGAGCAACUGGUGAACUUGCCUGGCGUUGGAGAAAAUUAUCAAGAUCAUCUUGGCUGCUUCGCCCCAUACUUUGCUGCUGACGAGGCUGUUACCUUGGACCCCCUCUGGCAUGGGGAGGGUGUUGUGCAGGAAAGCCUUGCGCAAUGGAAAAGUAAUGGGAAGUCGCUCAUAGCGCAAAAUGGCUGCGAUGCCAAGAUUAAGUGGCGACCUGAUGAAGAUGAGCUGAGAGCCAUGGGUUCAGCUUUCCAAGCGCCAUGGAAAGAAUUCUUCCAAGAUCGCCCAGACAAGGCUGUUGCCUUAUUCGGUCUAAGUGCGGGAUAUCUUCCACUCUCGAGCACCCUUCCUUUCCGUAAAUAUCUGGGUGUCGUUUAUUUUACACUUUACCCCAGGUCUCUUGGGAGCGUUCAUGUCAAACUGGGAGAGAACGGCAAGCAAGUCCUCGACUUCACUGCGGGCUUCCUAGACGAUCCAUCUGAUAUCGUACCUCUUAACUUUGGAUACAAGAAGACGCGAGAAAUAUCUCGACGCAUGCCUUCCUACCGAGGUGAAGUCCCUUCAGGCCACCCUUGUUUCCCAGAGGGAAGCGCUGCAGCAUGCAGCGAAAUGUCCGGGCCUGUGAACUUGAAUGCACCUGACAUCAUCUACACUACCGAAGAUGACGAGGCAAUCGACAAAUUUCAUCGUGACUGCAUCCCAAACGUACAGUGGCACUCGCUGGGGACUUGCGCCAUGAAACCGAUGUUAGAGAAAGGUGUCGUCGACGCGCGGUUAAACGUGUAUGGCGUGGCGGGCCUGAAGGUUGCAGAUAUGUCUAUCGCGCCAAAAAUCUGUUGGCACGGUGGGUAUUGGAUUGCUAACUUUGACGCGUGGCCUAACUGUCUCCCAGAAUACGUACUCAACGGCACUCCUCAUUGGAGAGAAGGCUGCGCUGAUCAUUGCUGA